AUGCGCCGAACCAGUCUGACCUCUGUUCUCGGCCUCCUUGCGUUUGUCGGCUUCACACUCUAUCUACUGCGAAGUCACAGGGAUCGCAAGCACUUUCAUGCUCCUUUACCUGAGCUCACAAAAGAAAUAGCGCCGUCGACCGAAACUUCACACCCCAUUCAUCAAUUGAUUACAAAGGCACAGGAUGAUCAUGAACAGCUCUUGAACAAGCAGUCUGACUCAUUACAAAAGGCUGUUGAGGAAUAUCGUCGAAGGUACUUGUUGCCGCCGCCACCAAAUUUUGACAAAUGGUGGGAAUUUGCGAAAGCAAGGAAUGUACAGCUGAUAGACGAAUACGAUACAAUAUACCAUUCUUUACUGCCUUUCUGGGGCUUGCAGCCGCGAGACGUAAGAUCAAGAGCGAGGGAAGCUUUGGGGUUUGACAAUGCUUUACUAGGAGUAUACGUCAGAGAUGGCAAGGUUGUCACUGCCGCUGGAGGUACAGAAUGGCAACAACAAUCAACAAUCGGCAUGUUGAAGGAGUUUGUUCAAUACCUGCCAAAUAUCGAUCUACCGUUCAACGUACAUGAUGAGCCAAGGGUUGUCGUACCACACGAUGACUUGAGCAGAUUGCUCGUCGUUGCAAAUAAUAAAAUCGCCGCAACAUCUGGAUCCUCGGCGCCCAAAAAUGCAUGGUCACCACCUUCGGAGGAGCUUGGAGACGGAACCAGAGCCUACGAAGUAAAAACCACAAGGUUCAACAAGUAUGCCCAUCAACCGACUUGGACAGAGUCGCGAAUGUCCUGCUCUCCUGACAGCCCUGCACGCUUCCUCGACGAAGCACCACAAGAUGACAGCAGCUCAUUCACCUUCUCCCAACUCGGCUUCAUCAAGAAUAAAACUGCGUUCUCUGAUAUCUGCCUUUCACCAUCGCUCCGCGAACACUUCGGUUUCUUUGAUCGCCCGAACGCCUUCAAUAUUGUGCAUGAUCUAUUCCCGAUCUUCUCGCAGAGCAAAGUCAGCAGCUAUCAAGACAUACUCUACCCCUCACCAUGGUAUUGGUCAGACAAAGUUCCCUACAAGGAAGAAAAUGACUACGCAUGGGAUCAAAAACAGAACAAAGUGUACUGGCGUGGGUCCACAACUGGAGGUUUUUCGAGAGAUGGUGGGUGGAGGCGGCAACAUAGACAGCAAUUUGUGGACAAAUUCAAUGGGCGUACAAAUGCAACAAUAAUGGUGAAUGAGGGCGGCGCAGGAUGGACCACAAAAGAUGUUCCUAGGAAGGAUUACAAUGAGCUCAUAGACGUACAUUUCGCUCAUGUUGGUCAAUGCGAUCCAGGCGAUUGUGAUGCCCAACGUGAAUAUUUCGAUGUUCUCAACCCAGACAAACAGAAUGCGGCGUGGGGAUAUAAAUACCUGGUAGAUGUUGAUGGUAAUGCCUUUAGUGGCCGUUUCUAUGCGUUUCUUAAGAGUAUGAGUCUCGUGUAUAAAAUGGCGAUCUUUCGAGAGUGGCAUGAAGAGUGGUUGAAGCCUUGGGUGCAUUACAUUCCACUCUCUCUACAUGGAGCGGAGUAUGUCGAGAGUGUACGGUAUUUCCAUGACGAAGAAGAAGGUAGAGUGCAAGCUGCAAGACUAGCAGUCCAAGGACGUGAGUGGGCGGAUAGGGUCCUUAGGAAAGAAGACUUUGAGGUUUGGUUAUUUCGUUUACUCUUGGAGUCAGUGCACUAG